AUGAAAAAUUUCUAUUUGACGACGUUUUUUCUCCUUAAGGCAAAACGUUCGAAAAGUGCUACAAAUAAUGCAUCAUUAACGUCAAAUCGUAAACGACAACGUACAUCAUCAUCAACAAGUUAUGCAUCAGCAACAAAAAAAGUUCGUCGUCAACAAUCCAAUACAAAUAGUAUAUCAUCAUCAAUAAAUAAGCGAAAAAUUCGUCGUACAGCUGCAUCUAAUCCAAUAAAUUAUCAUGAAGAAUCUGAUGAUGAUGAUAUAAAUGAUCAAACACGACGUAAAAUAAAAAAACAACAACGUCAUUUAUCAUCGAAUUCUGAUAGUGAUAUAGAUCAAAAUACAAAUUCAAAUAAUAAUGAUGAUGAAUCAAAUUCAAAUGAAUAUCAACAACAAACAAAAAUAAAUUUAAUAACUGAUCUUGAAUUAAAUACAGCUAAACGUCAAACAAAAUUUCGUUCAUCAGAUAAUUUAUCAUCGUCUGGUGAAGGUCUAACAUUAGUAAAUGAUGAACCAUCGUCAGAAAUAAUUGAAAAAGUUUUAAAAGUACGUUUUGGUCGAAAAGAUGCAACCGGACCAUCAACAACUAUAUACAAUAUUGAUGAAUGUGGUGAUCCAAAUGAAAAUUAUAAUGGUGAUGAUGAAACACAAUCUGAUGGUGAACAACAAUUUUUAAUUAAAUGGAAGAAUUGGUCACAUUUACAUAAUACAUGGGAAAGUCAUUCUAGUUUACAACAAGCACAUGUUAAAAGUUCACGUAUAUUAGAAAAUUUUCUUAAACAACAUGAACAAACACGUUUAUGGCGUCGUGAAAAUUGUAAUAUGGAUGAAAUUGAAUUAUUUGAAUGUCAACAAGAAUUAAAUGAUACAGCAUUAGCUGGUUAUCAACAUGUUGAACGUAUAAUAGCACAUGAAAAAAAUCGUGAACAAGAUAAUACAUAUGAUUAUUUAUGCAAGUGGGAUGGUCUUCAAUAUAGUGACUGUACAUGGGAAGAUGGAAAUUUGAUUGCUAAAAGAUUUCAAUCAAAAAUUGAUGAAUAUAAUGCAAGAUUAAAACAGCAAACAGAAGAUUUACAAUUACAACAACAACAACAAAAUAGUGGUAGUACAAGAAAGAAAACGAAUAUAACACGACCAAGAUAUGUACCAAUAACAGUACAACCAACAUAUUUAGCUCCUGAAGAACCUGAGUUUAAAUUAAGAGAUUAUCAAUUAGAAGGUUUAAAUUGGUUAGCUCAUUCGUGGUGUAAACAAAAUUCCGUUAUAUUAGCAGAUGAAAUGGGACUUGGUAAAACAAUCCAAACAAUAUCAUUUCUUUCUUAUAUAUUCGAAGAACAUAAUUUUCAUGGUCCAUUUUUAAUUGUUGUCCCUUUAUCAACAAUACAAGGUUGGCAACAAGAAUUUCAACGUUGGGCACCUUAUAUGAAUACUAUUGUAUAUAUUGGUGAUAUGAUAUCACGUGAAAAAAUUCGUCAUUUUGAAAUGUAUUCAUCUGGAAAUAAGAAACAAUUAAGAUUUCAUGCAUUAUUAACAACAUAUGAUUUUUUAUUAAAAGAUAGUAAAUAUUUAUCAUCCAUUAAUUGGAGUGUUGUACUUGUUGAUGAAGCACAUCGUUUAAAAAAUGAUGAUUCAAUGCUUUAUCGUACAUUAAUACAAUUUGAAUCUCAACAUCGAAUAUUAAUAACAGGUACACCAUUACAAAAUUCUUUAAAAGAAUUAUGGUCAUUAUUACAUUUUAUAAUGCCAAAUUAUUUUGAUGAUUGGAAUAAUUUUGAUUCAAAAUAUUCAUCAUUAUUAACAACAAAUGAUACAAGUUUAGUUAAACGUUCAAGUGAAUUACAUAAAGAAUUAGAACCAUUUUUAUUACGACGUAUUAAACGUGAUGUUGAAAAAUCUUUACCAGCUAAAGUUGAACAAAUUUUACGUGUGGAAAUGACACGUUUACAAAAACAAUAUUAUAAAUGGAUAUUAACAAGAAAUUAUCGAGCUUUAACAAAUGAACGUGGUGGAAGUUUACCAUCAUUUAUUAAUAUUAUGAUGGAAUUAAAAAAAUGUGCUAAUCAUGCAUUUUUUGUUAAACGUGAUGAUGAAAGUAAUACAACACUUGAUGAAAUUAUUAAAGGUAGUGGAAAAUUAUUAUUAUUAGAUAAACUUUUAUUAAAAUUACGUGCAAGCAAUCAUAGAGUUUUAAUUUUUUCACAAAUGGUGAAAAUGCUUAAUAUUUUAGCUGAAUAUUGUAAAUUAAGACGAUUUCAAUUUCAGAGACUUGAUGGUUCGAUGAAAGGUGAAAUACGUCGUCAAGCAUUAAAUAGUUUUAAUCGUGAAUCAUCCGAAGAUUUUAUAUUUCUACUUUCAACACGUGCCGGUGGUUUAGGUAUUAAUUUAGCAACUGCCGAUACAGUUAUAAUAUAUGAUAGUGAUUGGAAUCCUCAGAAUGACCUUCAAGCUCAAGCUCGUGCACAUCGUAUAGGUCAAACCAAACAAGUAAAUAUUUAUCGUCUUGUUGCUAAACAAUCUGUUGAAGAAACAAUUAUUGAACGUGCAAAACAAAAAAUGGUUUUAGAUCAUUUAGUUAUUCAACGUAUGGAUACAACAGGUCGUAAUGCAUUUCAAAAUUUUAAUAAUACAUCAACAACUGAUAAUCGUUCAUUAACAAAAGAAGAAUUAAAUACAAUAAUUAAAUUUGGUGCUGAAGAUUUAUUUAAAGAAACAUCAACAAAUGAUGAAGGUACAAUUGAAGAAGAAUCACAAAAAAUAGAUAUCGAUGAAAUUCUUCGCCGUGCUGAAACACGACAAGAUGAUGAUACAUCAAUGCGUAAUAGUAGUGAAGAUUUAUUAUCACAAUUCAAAAUAGCUAAUAUACAAACAAUGGAAGAUGAUAUUAUUGAACCAACAACAAUAGUACAUAAAUCGAAAAGUUGGAAAGAUAUUAUACCAGAGUUUGAACGACAAAAAUUUGAAGAUGAAUGUUUAGCUGAAAAAACAGCUGCAUUGCCACCACGUAGUCGUAGACCUGUUCAAUUAUUCAAUUCGAAAUCUGAUUUAGAUAAUAAUAAUAAUACAAAUCCUCUUUCUCAUAUGGAUAUUAUUUUAAAUGAAUUUACAACAAAUGAAAUACGACGUUUUAUUAAAAGUUUUAAAAAAUUUUCUGAUCCAUUACAUCGUCUUGAUUUAAUUAUAAUGGAUGCUGAAUUAGAAGAUAAAUCACAACAAGAUAUUGAACAAUUAGCACAACAUAUAUAUAAUGAAUGUUUAUUAGCUGUUGAACAACAUGGAAACGAAAGAAGUCCAAUACAAAAUUCUCAAGCAUCAUCGUCAUCACCUAAAGAUGAAUCAACAACAAAUCAUCGUGAAAAAACUUCAACUAUACGUUUACAUAAUGUUACAAUAAAUGCAUUACAAUUAAUUAAUUCUAUACGAGAUUUAGAACCAUUAAAAAAACUUUUUCAUUCACAUAAUGAACAACGUAAAACAUUUACAUUUCCAUCAUUAAUUAAAAUAAAACCAGUUCAUUGGUCAUGUUCAUGGUCAUUAGAAGAUGAUAAAGCUUUAUUACGUGGUAUUUAUGAAUAUGGAUAUUUGAAUUGGGAACAAAUUAAAAUGGAACCAGAAUUAGGUCUUUCAUCGAAAAUUCUUUUUGAUGAUAAACAAUUAAAACCACAAGCAAAUCAUUUACAAACACGUGCUGAUUAUCUUUUACGUUUAUUAAAACAAUAUUAUGAUAGUCAAUCGAAUAAGAAAAAAGAUUUAACAAAGAAAAAACAUUUAGUAACGCAAGCAUCAACGAAAAAAACAAAAGCAACAACUGAUGAUAAUAUAAAUGGAUCUAAUGCAGCAAAACGACAACGACGUGUUAAUGGACCAACGGUUAGUAGUUCUGAAAAACAACCGAAAUCCAAAGAAAUUAUUGAAAAUUCAAGUGGAGAUGAAGAUACAGCAAAUAAAUCUAGUAAAAAGAAAUCUAUAGAACAUCGAGUUAAUGCAAAUAUGGAAGAAAAAAUGAUGAAACCACCAAAGAAAGAAGAAGACAAUGCAUCUAAUGAUAUGUUUAAACAGUCACUUCUUUUUGUGUACUCAAAAAAAAAAGAUAUUGAAGCUAAACUUAAUCAAGUUGUUGCUGAUUGGGGAAAUCAAAAUUUUCAAUUUAGUACAUUUAAAACUCGUGGUGAACUUCUAUUAAAAGGUGAUUCUACUGGUGAAAUCAUUGCACUUAUGGAAGAUUCAUUAAUGGUACUCGGUUCAUUAAUGUCUAAUCGUUAUAAUGCACCAUUUAAAAAGAAAAUUCAGGAAUGGGUACAAAAAUUAACAUCAACAACUGAAAUUAUUGAAAAAUGGAUGUCUGUACAAAAUCUUUGGAUUUAUUUAGAAGCUGUUUUUGUUGGUGGUGAUAUAGCUAAACAAUUACCAGCUGAAGCUAAGCGUUUUGGAAAUAUUGAUAAAUCAUGGCAAAAAAUUAUGCAACGUUCACAUGAAAAUUUAAAUGUUGUUAGUUGUUGUACAGCUGAUGAUACAUUAGCACAGCUAUUACCACAUUUAUUUGAACAACUUGAAUUAUGUCAAAAAUCUUUAACGGGUUAUCUUGAGAAGAAACGUUUAGUAUUUCCAAGAUUUUUCUUCGUUUCUGAUCCAGCACUUUUGGAAAUUCUUGGUCAAGCUAGUGAUUCACAUACUAUUCAAAAUCAUUUAUUAAGUGUUUUUGAUAAUACGAAAACAGUUACAUUUGAUGAAAAAGUUUAUGACAAAAUUCUUGAAAUUAAUUCGCAAGAAGGUGAAAUGGUACCAUUAAAAGAACAAGUUAUGGCUCAGGGUAAUGUUGAAGUAUGGCUUGGAGAUUUAUUAAGAAUAUCACGUGCAUCACUGCAUAAAAUUAUUCGUGAUGGUGCUAUUGCCAUUCAAGAUCCAUCGUUUAAUUUACUUGACUUUCUCAAUAGUUUUCCAGCUCAAGUCGGUUUACUUGGUCUUCAAAUGUUAUGGACACGUGAUGCAGAAAUAGCUUUAAAUAAUACCAAGACAGAUAAAAAAAUAAUGCCAGAUACAGCAAAGAAAUUUCUUGAUAUUCUUAAUGCAUUAAUUAAUAAAACAACAGAAGAUUUAUCAAAAUUAGAUCGAGUUAAAGUCGAAACAUUAAUUACAAUUCAUGUACAUCAAAAAGAUAUUUUCGAUGAACUUGUUGUAAAUAAAACUCGAUCACCAGGUGAAUUCGAUUGGCUUAAACAAUGUCGAUUUUAUUUUGAUGAGGAUGCUGAUAUAUGUCGUAUAUCAAUAACUGAUGUCGAUUUUAAAUAUAUGAAUGAAUAUUUGGGUUGUACCGAUCGACUUGUCAUAACACCAUUAACUGAUAGAUGUUAUAUCACAUUAGCACAAGCAUUGCAUAUGUCAUUAGGUGGUGCACCUGCAGGACCUGCCGGAACCGGAAAAACAGAAACAACAAAAGAUAUGGGUCGUUGUCUUGGAAAAUUCGUUGUUGUAUUCAAUUGUUCCGAUCAAAUGGAUUAUCGUGGUCUUGGACGUAUUUACAAAGGUUUAGCUCAAUCAGGUUCAUGGGGUUGUUUUGAUGAAUUCAAUCGUAUUGAAUUACCUGUACUUUCUGUCGCUGCUCAACAAAUUGAUAUUGUUUUACGAUGUAAAAAAGAAAAGAAAUCAGCAUUUAUCUUUACGGAUGGUGAUACCGUUGAUAUGGAUACUGAAUUCGGUCUCUUUCUUACUAUGAAUCCUGGUUAUGCUGGUCGACAAGAAUUACCUGAAAAUUUAAAAAUUAAUUUUCGUACAGUUGCUAUGAUGGUUCCUGAUCGUGCUAUUAUUAUGCGUGUCAAAUUAGCUAGUUGUGGUUUUCUUCAAAAUGUUAAAUUAUCAAAGAAAUUUUAUACAUUAUAUAAACUAUGCGAAGAACAAUUAACAAAACAAGUACAUUAUGAUUUUGGUUUAAGAAAUAUUUUAUCUGUUUUACGUACACUUGGUGCAUUCAAACGUGAAAAUCCAACUGAUUCCGAAGAAAAAACAAUGAUGCGAAUUUUGCGUGAUAUGAAUCUUUCAAAAUUGAUUGAUGAAGAUGAACCAUUAUUUAUGUCUUUAAUUGAUGAUUUAUUUCCUGGUAUUCAACUUGAAACAAAAGGUUAUCCAGAAAUUGAAGCAGCUAUUAAAACACAAACUGAACAAGCACAAUUAGUUCACCAUGCACCAUGGGUAUUAAAAUUAAUUCAACUUUAUGAAACACAACGUGUACGUCAUGGUAUGAUGACAUUAGGACCUAGUGGUGCUGGAAAAACAAAAUGUAUCAAUAUUUUAAUGAAAGCAAUGACUGAAUGUGGCGCACCACAUCGUGAAAUGCGUAUGAAUCCAAAAGCUAUUACAGCUCCACAAAUGUUUGGUCGAUUAGAUGUAGCAACUAAUGAUUGGACUGAUGGAAUAUUUUCCACGUUAUGGCGUCGAACAUUAAAAACGAAAAAGGGUGAUCAUGUUUGGUUAAUUCUUGAUGGACCUGUUGAUGCUAUUUGGAUUGAAAAUUUAAAUUCUGUAUUAGAUGAUAAUAAAACUUUAACAUUGGCUAAUGGUGAUCGAAUUCCAAUGGCACCGAAUUGUAAAAUUAUUUUUGAAGUACAUAAUAUUGAUAAUGCUUCACCAGCUACUGUCAGUCGAAAUGGUAUGGUCUUUAUGUCAGCAUCAGUUAUGAAUUGGGAGCCUAUUGUAAAAGGAUGGUUACUUAAACGUAGUCCAAGUGAAACUGAUGUUUUACUUAAUCUUUAUACAAGAUCAUUUCCAGAUGCGUUAACUUAUGUUCUUCAAUCACUUGAUCCUAAGAUGCCAUUACUCGAAUGCAUGUAUACAAAACAAUCACUUUAUUUAUUAGAAGGUUUAAUUAAUAAAGAUAAAGCUCCAGCACCAGAUGUUCUUGGUCGUCUUUAUGUAUUUGCAUUAAUGUGGUCUGUUGGUGCUCUACUUGAAUUAUUUGAUCGAAAGAAAUUAGAAGAUUUUCUUGUUGAAAAAAAAAAUCUUGAUUUACCACCAAUAAAAGGUGAAGAAACAAUUUUUGAAUACGUUGUUAAUAUUGAAACAGGUCAAUGGCAACAUUGGAGUAAUCGUGUACCCGAAUAUAGUUAUCCAAAAGAUUCAAUACCUGAAUAUUCAUCAAUUCUUGUACCUAAUGUUGAUAAUGUUCGAACAGAUUUUUUGAUUGAUACAGUUGCUAAACAAGAAAAAUCUGUGUUAUUAAUUGGUGAACAAGGUACUGCUAAAACAGUUAUGGUUAAAGGUUAUUGUUCGAAAUAUGAUCCUGAGGUUCAAUCAUUUAAAAGUGUCAAUUUUUCCAGUGCAACUACAGCAACAAUGGUUCAACGAACAAUUGAAAGUUAUGUUGAUAAACGUGUUGGUACAACGUAUGGACCGCCAGGUGGAAAGAAAAUGACAAUCUUUAUUGAUGAUAUUAAUAUGCCUGUUAUUAAUGAAUGGGGUGAUCAAGUUACAAAUGAAAUUACACGACAAGUUAUGGAACAAAAUGGAUUUUAUAAUCUUGAAAAGCCAGGUGAAUUUACAAAUAUUGUUGAUAUACAAUUUAUUGCUGCUAUGAUUCAACCUGGUGGUGGUAGAAAUGAUAUACCACAACGAUUAAAAAGACAAUUUUGUAUAUUUAAUUGUACAUUACCAUCAAAUGCCUCAAUCGAUAAAGUUUUUAGUACUAUUGGACUUGGUUAUUUUUGUAAAGAACGUAAUUUUAGUCAAGAUGUUGUUAAUGUUAUUGAAAAACUUGUACCAGCAACAAGAAAAUUAUGGCAAAAAACUAAAGUUAAAAUGUUACCAACGCCAGCUCGUUUUCAUUAUGUUUUUAAUUUACGUGAUCUUUCACGUAUUUGGCAGGGAAUGCUUAAUAUAACAUCUGAAGUAGCUGGAAAUAAAGUUGAUGUUAUAAUGUCAUUAUGGAAACAUGAAUGUUAUCGUGUUAUUGCUGAUCGUUUUGUUGCACAAGAAGAUAAAGAUUGGUUUGAAAAAACACUUAAAUUAGUUGCUGAUGAAGAAUGUGGACAACAAUCAUCUUCUGCAAUGCAACCUGAACCAUAUUUGGUUGAUUUUCUUCGUGAUGCACCAGAAGCUACAGGUGAAGAAGGUGAAGAUGCUGAUCUUGAAGCGCCAAAAGUUUAUGAACUUAUUUCAUCAUAUGAGGCUCUUAGUGAAAAACUUCAACACUAUCAACAACUAUUUAAUGAACAAGUAAAAGGUGGUAAAAUGGAUUUGGUCUUUUUUAAAGAUGCAAUGACACAUUUAGUAAAAAUUUCUCGUAUUAUACGAACACCACGUGGUUGUGCAUUGUUAGUUGGUGUUGGUGGUAGUGGAAAACAAUCACUUACUCGUUUAGCAUCGUUUAUUGCUGGCUAUCAAACAUUUCAAAUAACAUUAACAAGAUCAUAUAACGUAACAAAUUUAAUGGAAGAUCUGAAAAAUUUAUAUCGUGCAGCUGGACAAAAAGGCAAGGGUGUUACAUUUUUAUUUACUGAUAAUGAAAUUAAAGAUGAAGCUUUUCUUGAAUAUAUGAAUAAUGUAUUAGCAUCAGGUGAAGUUUCAAAUUUAUUUGCACGUGAUGAAAUCGAUGAAAUCUUAGGUGAAUUAACUGCAGUUAUGAAACGUGAAUUUCCUAAACGAGCACCAACAAAUGAAAAUUUAUAUGAUUAUUUCUUAACACGUGUACGAAAUAAUUUACAUGUUGUUUUAUGUUUUUCACCUGUUGGAGAAAAAUUUCGUAGUCGUUCAUUAAAAUUUCCAGCUUUAAUUUCGGGUUGUACAAUGGAUUGGUUUCAACGUUGGCCAAAAGAUGCUUUAAUUGCUGUAUCAAAACAUUUCAUUAGUAAUUUUGAUAUUGCAUGUACACAACCAGUUAAACAAGAAUUAGUUAUGAUGAUGGGUGAAAUACAAGAUCAAGUUGCUGAAGCAUGUGUUGAUUAUUUUAAUCGAUUUCGUCGUCAAACACAUGUUACACCGAAAUCAUAUCUUUCAUUUUUAGCCGGUUAUAAAACAAUUUACUCGGAAAAACGUAAAGAUAUUGGUAAAUUAGCUGAACGUAUGAAUACUGGUUUGAAAAAACUUAUAUCAGCUGCUGAAGAAGUACGUGAAUUAGCUAAAGAAUUAGAAGGAAAAGAAAAAGAAUUAGUUGUUGCUAAUCAAAAAGCUGAUCUUGUUAUGCUAGAUGUUAAUGUUAAAAAAUCAGCUGCUACAAAAGUUGCUGAGCAAGUACAACGUGUUGCUGAUUCAUGUAAAGAACUUGUCGAUCAAAUAUCAGCUGAUAAAGCUGUUGCUGAAGCUAAACUUGAAGUCGCACGACCAGCUUUAGAAGAAGCUGAAGCAGCAUUAAAAACAAUUAAACCAGCUGAUAUUGCUACAGUGAAGAAAUUAGGUAGACCACCACAUUUAAUUAUGCGUAUUAUGGAUUGUGGGUUAAUUUUAUUUCAACGACCACUGGAUUCUAUUACUAUGGAUCCUGAAAAACCAUGUCCAAAACCAUCAUGGGGUGAAUCACUUAAAUUAAUGGGUGGAAGCGAUUUCUUAAAUACACUUGUGAAUUUUCCAAAGGAUACAAUAAAUGCUGAAACAGUCGAAUUAUUACAACCAUAUUUACUUAUGGAAGAUUUUAAUUUAGAAACAGCUAAACGUGUAUCAGGCAAUGUCGCUGGUCUUUGUUCAUGGGCUAUGGCUAUGGCAUAUUUCUAUGGUAUUAACAAAGAAGUAUUACCAUUAAAAGCUAACUUAGCAGUCCAAGAAAGUCGUCUUGGUCAAGCUACUGCAAAUUAUAAUGAUGCACAAGCUCAAUUAGCAGCUAAAAUGGCUGAAGUAGCGGUUGUACAAGCUGAAUUCGAUAAAGCAAAUGCUAUUAAACAAGCUUUACUUGCUGAUGCUGAAGCAUGUCGAAGAAAAAUGCACAAUGCUUCUGCUUUAAUUGAUGGUCUUUCAGGUGAACGUAUACGUUGGACAGAAGCAUCAAAAGGUUUCGAAGCUCAAACAAAUAGAUUAGUUGGUGACGUUCUUUUAGCUACCGGUUUUCUUUCAUACACUGGCCCAUUCAAUCAAGAAUUUCGUACAUUACUUAUAAAACAAUGGCGUUCAGAUAUGACUAAACGUAAAGUGCCAUUUUCUGAUGAUUUAAAUAUUGUUUCAUUUCUUGUUGAUAAUGCAACAAUUAGUGAAUGGAAUCUUCAAGGUCUUCCUAAUGAUGAAUUAUCUAUUCAAAAUGGUUUAAUUGUUACAUCAGCAGCUCGCUUUCCACUUUUAAUUGAUCCACAAGGUCAAGGCAAAGCAUGGAUUCGACAAAAAGAAUCAACGAAUGAUUUACAAAUUACAACACUUAAUCAUAAAUAUUUUCGUACACAUUUAGAAGAUGCAUUAUCACUUGGUAGACCAUUGAUGCUUGAAGAUGUUGGUGAUGAACUUGAUCCAGCAUUAGAUAAUGUUUUAGAAAAAAAUUUUAUUAAAUCUGGUUCAACACUUAAAGUUAAAGUUGGAGAUAAAGAAUGUGAUGUUUUAACAGGUUUUAAAUUAUAUAUAACAACAAAAUUAGCUAAUCCAUCGUAUACACCUGAAAUAUAUGCUAAAACAUCAAUUAUUGAUUUUACUGUAACAAUGAAAGGAUUAGAAGAUCAAUUAUUAGGUAUUGUUAUUCAAAAAGAAAAAGCGGAACUUGAAGCUGAACGUGUACGUUUACUUGAAGAAGUCACAUCAAAUAAACGCCGUACGAAAGAAUUAGAAGAUAAUUUACUCUUUCGUUUAACAUCAACUGAAGGAUCGCUAGUUGAAGAUGAAUCACUUAUUCAAGUCUUAGCUGAUACAAAAGCAACAUCAAAAGAAGUCAAUGAAAAAUUAACAAUUGCUGCUGAAACUGAAAUUAAAAUUAAUGCAGCACGUGAAGAAUUUCGUCCUGUAGCAACUCGUGGUUCUAUCGUUUAUUUUCUUAUUGUUGAAAUGUCAAUGGUCAAUGUUAUGUAUCAAACAUCAUUAAAACAAUUCUUAGGUCUAUUCGAAAUUGGCCGACAAAAAGCACAAGCAUCACCAAUAACAGUCAAACGUAUUCAAAAUAUCAUUGAAUCUUUAACAUAUGAAGUAUGGAAAUAUUCAUCACGUGGUUUAUAUGAACGUGAUAAAAAUCUUUACACACUUUUAUUAGCACUUAAAAUUGAUAUGCAAAAAGGAAAUGUAAAACCAUCCGAAUUUCAAGUAUUAAUUAAAGGUGGCGCUGCUUUAGAUAUGAAUGCAGUUGAACCACGACCUGAUAAAAUGAAAAAAUGGUUAACUGAUAUGACAUGGUUAAAUUUAGUUGAACUUUCAAAAUUAGCACAUUUUUCACAAGUAUUACGGCAAGCUGUUAGUAAUGAUAAAGUCUGGUAUAAUUGGUUUUUAUCUGAUGCACCUGAAGAAGUUACGUUUCCUGAAUCAUAUUCAACUAGUUUAGAUACAUUUAAAAAAUUAUUAUUAGUUCGUUCAUUUGCACCUGAUCGUACAUUACCUAUGGCUAAGAAAUAUAUUGGAGAAUCUUUAGGUGUUCAAUAUGCUGAAGGUUAUAUUUUAAAUUUAGAAGCUAUGUGGCAAGAAUCUGAUAAACGAACACCACUUGUUUGCUUUUUAUCAAUGGGUUCUGAUCCAACAGAUAAUAUCUUAAGUUUAGCUAAGAAACAAAAUAUUCCUUGUGGUACAAUAUCGAUGGGUCAAGGACAAGAAGUUCAUGCUCGACGUCUUCUUCAACAAAGUCAACAAGAAGGUCGAUGGAUAUUAUUACAAAAUUGCCAUUUAGGUUUAGGCUUUCUUGAAGAAAUGUUAGAGACAGUAACACAAACUGAACCAGUGCAUGAUGCAUUUCGUUGUUGGUUAACAACUGAACCGCAUCCACAAUUUUCUAUUAAUGUAUUACAAUCAUCAAUUAAAUAUACAUUUGAACCACCACAAGGUGUUAAAGCUGGUUUAAAACGUACAUUUGCUGGCCUGACACAGGAAGUAGUCGAUGCUAGCAGCUUUAUUGAAUGGAAGAUCAUGUUAUAUGCUGUUGCUUUUCUUCAUACAACUGUUCAAGAACGUCGUAAAUUUGGUCCACUUGGAUGGAAUAUUCCAUAUGAAUUUAAUCAAUCAGAUUUUUCAGCUACAAUUCAAUUUAUUCAAAAUCAUAUGGAUGAAAUGGGUUCUAAGUGGAAUGUUUCAUGGCCAACUGUUCGAUAUAUGAUUGGUGAAGUUCAUUAUGGUGGUCGUGUAACAGAUGAUUUUGAUAAACGGUUAUUAAAUACUUAUACACGUGUAUGGUUUCUUGAUAAUAUGUUUACUGAUAAAUUUGAUUUUGCACCUAAUUAUAAAAUUCCACGUUGUAAAACAAUUCAAGAUUUUCGUUCACAUAUUGAAACGAUGAGUUUAUUUGAUAGUCCAAAUGUCUUUGGUCUUCAUCCAAAUGCUGACAUAACAUAUCAAACAAACACCGCUGAUUCAAUUUUAGCUACAAUUGUUAAUAUUCAACCAAAAGAUGCUGGUGCCGGUGGUGGUGAAACACGUGAAUCAGUUGUUUAUCGGCAAUGCGAUGAUAUGUUAAGUAAAUUACCUGAAGAUUACAUUCCACAUGAAGUUCGUGCUGCUUUACAAAAACAAGGUACAUUUCAACCAUUAAAUAUAUUUUUAAAACAAGAAGUUGAUCGUAUGCAACGUGUUAUAACAGUUGUACGCAGUACAUUAAAAGAUUUAAAACUAGCUAUUGAUGGCACAAUUAUAAUGAAUGAAAAUUUGAAAGAUGCACUUGAUAAUAUAUUUGAUGCACGUGUACCAGCAACAUGGAGAAAAGUAUCAUGGGAUUCCGCAACAUUAGGUUUUUGGUUUAGUGAUUUAUUAGAUCGAAAUCAACAAUUCUUUACAUGGUUAUUUAGUGGACGACCAAAUGUUUUUUGGCUUACUGGAUUUUUUAAUCCACAAGGUUUUCUAACUGCUAUGCGUCAAGAAAUAACACGUAAUCAUAAAGGUUGGUCAUUAGAUAAUGUCGUUCUUGCUAAUGAUGUAUUAAAAAUGAUAACAAAAGAAGAAGUAACACAACCACCAGCUGAAGGUGUUUACAUCUAUGGAUUGAAAAUUGAUGGUGCUGCAUGGCGUAUGUCGCGUGAAAAAGGUGGACAUUUAUCUGAUCCACCUCCGAAACAACUUUAUUCGGAUUUACCUGUUGUACAUGUUUAUGCUACAAAUGAACCAAAACCGUUGGGCAAUGCUUAUUACGUUUGUCCAGUAUAUAAAAAACCACGACGUACUGAUUUAACUUUUAUAUUUUCAUUAGCAUUAAAAAUAAAUAAUAACAAUCCGGACUUUUGGUGUUUACGUGGUGUUGCUCUUCUUUGCGAUACAAAAUAA